GCAGACCGACAGAGCCAAAAUGCCAAUCGACUCUCCUGCGCAGACGCGAUGGUGUCCCAAGCCUUUUAAGAGACGCUGCAGUAGUCUUGUAGUUUCCGUUCGCCGCCUUCCUCUGCAGUGUUCACAGGUCUCCGUCGAGAUGUUGGCCAGGACGCUGAUUCCACUCUUUCUGGUCCUCUUUGCUAAAGAGAGCUCGGUGGUGGAGGCGAGGGGGUGCUUAACCAUCCGUGAGAGAACGAACAUUCAGAACAUGUAUUUGGAUUACAAGUGCAUGGAACCCGGCGAGAAAUUUGUUGAUAUCACCGUCGACAGGGAAUACAAGGCGUUUGUUCCAACAAUGGCGAAAGUUAAGCGGUGUUCCAUGAUGCACUGUAUGGCAAAUGACAUGAGGUGUCUGGCAACUGAAAAGGCAACUAGGACGAUCAAGGUGGAGGCGCUUAGUAUGACGAAAGGUAUGCAGUGCCUAAAACAUACAGUUGAAGAUGAUGUGGCGUGCGCAUGUCAGAGAUGUCAGGCUCGUACGUGUCCCAACGAUGACAUGGACUUCAACCGUUCGACCUGCAACUGCGAGUGCACGCAGAAGUUCAUCGAAAGAUGCACAAUCCUAGUGAACAAAGGAACACACAUGCUUGAUACAGAGAACUGCCGGUGCAUGUGUAACGAACCCAAGAGACACUGUGGGAAACGCAUGUGGAACCCCAAUACAUGCAGGUGCAUGGACUGAAGACAGAGAAGAAACCACAAUAAGUAAUUUAGAAACCAUCAAUAACAGUUAUUUUUAAAGCUCUGUAUGUGAUAUAUUUCAGUAAGGAUAAUUUGUUUUGCUUUGUUUUACUAAAGUCCAUGAAUGUUAAAUACAUGUCUGAAAAUAAGAAUAAACAUUAUAUGUGAAAAACAGGUGGUUUAUGAGAUACUAUUGGAUGGAGAAAGAUUUUAAAGAUAAUGAUAAACUUA